GGGCGGGGCCGCGGCGCGCGGGAAGCGCCGGCCGGGCUGCGGGUCCCUCCGCGCUGCGCAAUGGCUGUGCCGGUGCCCGGCUACUCGCCCAGCUUCAAGAGGCCGCCGGAGGUCGUGCGGCUCCGCCGGAAGAGGCCUCGGGGCCGCGGCGCCGCCCCGCCCUCGGCGCUGCCGGAGCCCGCGCCCCGCCGCGCCGCGCUGGCGGCCGGGCUGCCCCUGCGCCCCUUCCCGGCCGCGGGCGGCAGAGGCGGCGGCGGCGCCGGAGCCCGCAGGAACCCCUUCGCCCGCCUGGACAACCGGCCGCGGGCGGCCCGCGAGGAGCCGCCCCGGGGCCCGCAGGCGGCUCCGGGCCCGCAUUUAGAUUCUAAUGGGGAAAAUGCCUUGCUGUGGGAGGAAGCGGCUCACGAGAGAGCUGUCACCGAGCUGUCUCAGAGUCAACACAUAUUCUCUGAGUCAGAUACGACUCCUUCAGAAGGUACUGAGUUACCUGCGGACUGGAGUAUUAAAACCCGACUCCUUGUCACCUCUCCUCAACCCUUUUCCUGGGCAGAUCAUUUGAAGGCACAGGAAGAAGCCAGAGGGCUUGUCCAGCAUUGUAGGGCGGCAGAGGUCACCUUACCCCAGAGUGUACAGGAUCCCAAGCUCUCAACUGAGCUGCGUUGUGCCUUCCAGCAGACCCUUGUCUACUGGGUUCACCCUGCCUUUUCAUGGCUGCCACUGUUCCCUCGAAUUGGAGCUGAUAGGAAAAUGGCUGGAAAGACAAGUCCGUGGUCAAACGAUGAAACUCUGCAACAUACUCUAAUGAGUGACUGGUCUGUGAGUCUCACUUCUUUGUAUAAUCUGUUGAGGACAAAGCUUUGUCCCUUUUUCUACGUUUGUACCUACCAGUUUACUGUCCUGUUCCGGGCAGCAGGAUUAGCCGGAAGUGACGUGAUCACAGCACUCAUAUCGCCUACAACUAGAGGUCUGAGAGAAGCUAUGAAAAAUGAAGGUAUUGACUUCUCUCUGCCUUUGCUAGAAGAAAGUGGCCAUAAGAGAAAAGUGCGAGCAGGAAACCAGGAGUGUGAGGAGCAGGCGGCCAGCGAUGAAGACGAAGAGGAGAGCUUUUCUUGGCUGGAAGAGAUAGGUGUGCAAGAUCAAAUCAGAAAGCCAGACCUGAACUCUAUCAAGCUACUUAGAGAAAAACAUGAAGUGCAAAUGGAUCACAGGCCUGAAUCUGUCGUCCUGGUGAAAGGACUCAACACCUUCACAUUGCUCAAUUUUUUGAUCAACUGCAAGAGCUUAGUUGCCACUUCCGGUGCGCAGGCAGGCCUCCCCCCAACACUUUUGUCCCCGGUAGCCUUCCGGGGUGCCUCCAUGCACAUGCUGAAGGCACGAAGCAUGAACAUAAAGACGCACGCUCUUUCUGGAUACAGAGAUCAGUGUAGUUUGGAGAUCACAGGUCCCAUCAUGCCUCAUGCUCUGCAUUCUGUGACCAUGCUACUCCGAUCUUCACAGAGAGGGUCAUUCUCUGCUGGGAUAUAUGCACAUGAGCCAACAGCUGUGUUCAAUGUCCGCCUGCCACCGGGUAGAGACCUGAAUAGAGAAGUUGUUCAUAAGGACCUUGCUAACUGUGGGCUACACCCCAAAACCCUGGAGCAACUCAGUCAGCUACCACUGCUGGGGAAGUCAUCCUUACGGAAUGUGGAAAUGAGUGACUACAUUUUUAACUGGAGAUCCUGAACACCAAAGUAAGCGUAAAGGGAAACUGAGGAAAAGCUUCCUAGCAAGGAAGGAAGUUGACAGUUUUUAAGCCUCUGGCUCAGUUUGGAAUAAUGUGUUCUAAAAUACUGAUGUGUUUUUUAACAUUAACUUUCAUUACAUGCAUUAGCAUUAGGUUUAAAAUCAAUGUUUUGCUUUUAUUAUUUUCAUAUCUGAAGAUGCAUGCGUAAAUCUUUGAUAAUAACUGUAACCUGACUAGAACCCUGAAUUAAAAGUGAGUGUCGCUACGAAGGAGACAUGAGAUGCCCUUUCUGAGAAAAGCAUCUCAUGCACCUUCCUGGUAGGGUCUUUAGAGACGCGGGGACGCAGACACUGCCGCAAAGCUGGCGCUUCCUGUCAGAAUGGACACUGGUGACCUCUAGCUCCUCCUGUCCAGUCCAUCUUUGGUAUCCCCCCAAGUGUUGGAUGGUCAGUCACUCAGUCAUGGGAAGUUAGUACUCACUGUGUUUACAGGUACUCUGUGUUUGCAUGUGUGUAUAAAACUCAGCAUUUUUAAAUAAACGCGCAUAGAAGUCAUUGGGUUAACAAAUUAUA